AUGACCCCGUCCUCUACCAAGUUAAGAUCGCUGCUCCCACGAUCAUCAGAAAGUCCCGAUAAAGUCACUACCCCUAGCGACAUCACGGGCCUUCCGCCGAGGCGUCGAGUAUCUCGUACCAAAGUCGUGACUGCCUGUCGACCAUGCAGGAAGAAGAAGAUCAAGUGUGACGGCGCUCUUCCACAAUGCGGUGUUUGUCGGUACAAAAUGCGAAGCUGCGACUACCCGACCGAAGAAGCUCUCGUAGGAAACCUCGUGAAAGAGCAAAAGACCCUGCAGGAUAAUGUUGAAUCUUUCACCACGCUGUUUAGAUAUCUGCAGGACAGACCUGCCAGUGAGGCUAACAGUCUGUUUGAGCGCAUUCGCAACGGCCUGAGUAUAGACUCUGCUCUUGAGUUUGUCAAGGCGGAGGGAAACAACUCGACAUUGGCUUACCGAAAUUCACACACCGCCAAAGUGAAACCGACUCAAGAGACUAAGGAUUGCAACGUGCUCUUUGGGAAUGACACCUUGUCUAUCGAGGCCUCAGCGGCGGUUGUCCAAACUCUUCGCCAUGGCGUCGACUGCUUUUUCUCCUACCUUGGCACUAUGUUCCCGAUCUACACAAAGUCCGAAGUCGAUUUGAUCAUGAAUACAUUCCUCGCAAGCGAGCCAAGCCCAGAUGAUAUGGUUGACAAAAGGGUUGCUUACGGUGAGCUGCUGGCGAUUUGUGCACUGGGACUUCAAUAUGACAAGCAGACUUCAUCCAGCGUUGGUGCGAACAUCUGUACGCAAUUCUUUGAGAAGGCUCAGUUGUUUGUGGAUUACGUCCUUGAGAAGUCGCCGCUACGUGCUAUGCGGAUAUGCUUCUGUCUGGGCUGUUACAGUGUCAUUGCCAAAUCAUCUCUGGCUAUAACCUACACAGACCGGGGCAUCCUCAUCGGGUCAUCAACAGGAUUAAACGUAGGGGAAAGACCCUCGUACCUCUCGGAAAGUGAAUUCAAGGGAUACAUCAAGACCCUCAAAGCAGUCAUCACUGUGAGAAGCUGGGUCACAGCCACUCUUGGGCACAUUCCCAGUCCGGAGAUCUCACGGUGCAUUCAUGAAACAAGGGAGCAGAUGGAUGAUGACAAGCUGGACUGCACGGGAGAGGAUGACGUGAUAGACAUGCUCCAGCAGAAGAUGGCCCAAAUAACAGUCCUCAAAGCCAACAUCCUCCGAACAGCGGCAUGCUUCAAGGUUCUAUCCUCGGCCGUUCUAAGACAAAUGCACAACGACCUCGAGCUAUGGCGGUCAAGUCUGCCUGUUUACAUGCGACUCGAAGCUUUGGUCCAGUCUCCGACAAUCUCUCCCGAUCAGCGACGUGUCACCUUCUACAUGCACAUGUUUUACAUGUCGGCACUGAUUCUCAAGGCUCGAGCCUUACUUGCUACACAGGGAGAGAUCGUCACUUGCUCAAGGGACUCGGAAGCAACAUCGGCGAUAAUCCAAGGAGUUCAUGCGGCGCGUAGUUCAGCGAGACUACUGGCGCUUAUACUUGAUGAAAAGGCCGUAGUGAAGAAUUGCUGGUUGACCAUCUUCCUUGUAGGCGGUGCUAGCCUUUUUCGGCAACAAGAUAUAACGCUUUCAGACAAAUGUGUUGAAAUUCUCAAGCUCUGCGCUGCCAGGGACAGGAUAGCACACGCAUUCCAUGUUCGGAUUUCUGAAUAUCAGGACAUUCUCAAAGAUCACCUACCAAAGAUAACUGCCGAUCAAGUUGACUCUGCAGCCUUCGACGACGAUUCACUUGACAGCUCCUACCUCUUCGCCCAAACCCAUGGAACUGCAGAACUUGACCGGCUGAUGCAAGAGCUCUGGGCGAUGUUAUGCUAUCCAUUGAAUCUCCUUAAGGGAAGCAAAGAGACCAGCAUUCACUAUCCCACCAUUGUCGAAGCGUCUGUGAAUACUGAUAUCAACUUCGCUCAGCAUCUCGCCUUAUCAUUUGGAAGGGCUGACGAUGAUGGGCCCAUUGGUCUAUCUCCACGUUCAAAUAGUCCUAGGGGUAGCGACGGAUUUGAGAAGGAGGUCGAGGGUUAUGUGAGUGGAUCUGUGCCUUAUGAGUGGGAAGUUUUGCCAGGGAUCAAAUGCGCCAGGUUUGAAGUUGAGUCGCGAUGCAGCGUACAAGCUUGA